AUGUCUGGAUUAGUAAAGCCAAAGACUGUUGAUAUCUCGGAGAGCAACAUUGCUGGCCUCGGUACUGAGUUGGAAAAGAAAGUUCGACUGGAUGCUGCUCAGACUGAAGCCGCUUGGCAUGGAGUUGGCCAGAAAGUGGAGACACGUGUUUGGAGAAUUGAACAGUUCAAAGUCGUUGCUUGGCCAGAAAAGCAAUAUGGAAUGUUUUACGAAGGAGACUCGUACAUCGUUCUCAACACAUGGAAGAAACCAGACGCACCAACAUUCUAUCACGACAUCUACUUUUGGUUGGGUCUUGAAACCACUCAAGAUGAGGCUGGUACUGCUGCUUACAAGACUGUCGAACUCGAUGACUUUUUGGGUACUCUCCCAGUCCAACAUCGUGAAGUCCAAGGCUCAGAAUCCGGCGCCUUCUUGGGUCUCUUUAAGCACUUCCACACUGAAAAGGGCGGUGUAGACUCUGGUUUCAAUCACGUUACAGCCAAAGAAUACCGUCCACGAUUGUUGCAAAUCCGUCAAAACAAGACUGCUCCUCGAGGACAAGGAUUAAUUAUUAGAGAAAUCCCAAUGGCUGCCAGUAGCUUGAACUCAGGAGAUGUGUUUGUGUAUGACGGUGGACUCGUCAUUCAUCAAUGGAAUGGAAAGGCUUCGAAUGGAAUGGAACGCAGCAAAGCUGCCGAGUUCGUCAGAACUCUAUCUGAUUCUCGUGCCGGCAAGGCCCCCAUCAAAGUCUCUGAUGAAGGAGACCGAGACGCAAAAGAAUUCUUUGAUGCUAUUGGUGGCUCAGCAAGUGAUGUCCAACCAGCUGAUGCAGUCACAGAUGCAACCGCUACUGCAGCUCCUAAAGCUCUAUACUGUUUAUCAGACGCCAGUGGCAGUUUGACCUUCACGAAGAAGGCUGAGGGUGUGAUUAAAAAGGAUCAAUUCGAUACCAAUGAUGUUUUCGUCCUUGAUGGUGGCUCUGAAGUGUUUGUUUGGAUUGGUGCCAAGGCCUCAGCCGAUGAAAGGAAGAAGGGAAUGGCAUAUGCUCUAGAAUAUAUGAAGAAACACAACAGGCCAAUGAAUAUCCCUGUUACGCUUAUUCGAGAGGGAGGGUCUGAGGAUGUGAUGGCCAACUUUAUGAAUUAG